GUGGGUGGGUGCGAGCGGGGGGGUCCGUGCGCGCCGCCGCCAUGCGGGAGCGGAGGCCGGCGCCCGCCGCUCCGGCCCGGUGCAAGCUGGUGCUGGUGGGUGACGUGCAGUGCGGCAAGACGGCCAUGCUGCAGGUGCUGGCCAAGGAUUGUUACCCCGAGACGUACGUGCCCACCGUGUUUGAGAACUACACGGCGUGUCUGGCCAGCGAGGAGCAGCGGGUGGAACUGAGCCUCUGGGACACCUCCGGCUCUCCCUACUAUGACAACGUGCGGCCCCUGUGCUACAGCGACUCGGACGCUGUCCUGCUCUGCUUCGACGUCAGCCGCCCCGAGACCCUCGACAGCGCGGCCAAGAAGUGGAAGAGCGAAAUCCUGGAUUAUUGCCCCAACACCCGGGUGCUGCUCAUCGGCUGCAAGACGGACCUGAGGACAGACCUGAGCACGCUGCUGGAGCUCUCGCACCAGAAACAGGCGCCCAUCUCCUACGAGCAGGGCUGCGCGGCCGCCCGGCAGUUGGGAGCCGAGGGUUACCUGGAGUGUUCGGCCUUCACCUCGGAGAAAAGCGUUCACAGCAUCUUCCGGACCGUGUCCGGCCUGUGCCUGAGCAGAGCCCCCCCCCAGCCGCCCCGCAGCCCCCCCCGCAGCCUCUCCAAGAGACUCCUGCACCUCCCCAGCCGCUCCGAGCUCAUCUCCUCCACCUUCAAGAAGGAAAAAGCAAAAAGCUGCUCCGUCAUGUGAGGGGGCCAAGGGAAUGACCCCACACACACAAACACGCACGCACUCACCUUUGGGACCCCCCCUCAAAGCCCCCCGAGUGGGGUGGGGGGGCUGGAUGGGGCUCUGGAGUCUGCAGCUCCCCCCCCUCAAAAGGAGGGUGGGGGGUGCUGCCCUUCCCUGGCACCAUCGCCCUGCCAGCCCCACAGCCUGGGGAAGGGGGUCUGGGGGUGUCCCCAACCCUGAGGGGGUCCCUGGGGGAUUUGGGGCACACAGGACCCCAGGGACAUCAACCCAUAGGGGUUCCUGGGGGGUUUGGGGUGCACAGGACCCCAGAGACAUCAACCCAUAGGGGUCCCUGGGGGAUUUGGGGCACACAGGACCCCGGGGACAUCAACCCUGUGGGGUUUGGGGUGCACAGGACCCCAGAGACAUCAACCCCGAGGGGUCCUUGUGGGGUUUGGGUUGCCCAGACCCUCAGGGACAUCAACCCCGAGGGGUCCCUGUGGGGUUUGGGGUGCACAGGACCCCGGGGACAUCAACCCUGGGAGGUUUGGGGUGUCCAGACCCUCAAGGACAUCAAUCCCAAGGGGUAUCUGGGGGGUUUGGGGUGCACAGGACCCCAGACACAUCAACCCCAAGGGGUCCCUGUGGGGUGUUGGGGUGCCCAGACCCUCAGGGACAUCAACCUGGGAUGGUCACUGUGGGGUUUGGGGGACACAGGGACCCUGUCCUGGGGAUCCCUGUGGGGUUUGGGGUGCACAUCAUGGGACUCAUCCAUGGACUCAUCCUGUUCUCUCCCCCUUUCCCCCACCCCUCAUCUGCUGCUUGGCCCUGGGGGACCCUGUGGGUUGGGGAGGGGGAGGGGAGCUGUUUUAUGGACUGUCUUGGGGGGGGGGGGUGUCUCUGUUCCAUGUCAGUGUUAUUAAAAAGCUUAUUUAUUAUCAGAAAUAUAACACCUACCUAUGUGCA